AUGGGUGCAGGUGGGCGAAUGCCGAUUGUUCCUCCUUCGAACGCCCUCGAUCGAGCCCCAUCCUCGAAACCACCAUUUACGAUAGCCGAGAUUAAGAAAUCAAUUCCACCCCACUGCUUUCAAAGAUCGCUCAUCACUUCAUUCUCCUACGUUGUAUACGAUCUCCUCAUUCUCUCCUUCCUCUUCUACGCCGCCACAUCCUACAUCCAUCUCCUCCCGGGCCCCCCUGCCCUUUCAGCCUUCGCCUGGCUUCUUUACGCCUACGUCCAGGGCUGCGUCCUGGCCGGCGUUGGGGUCCUCGCUCACGAAUGCAGCCAUAACGCCUUCAGCGAUUACCAAUGGCUCAACGAUACAGUCGGCUUCAUCCUCCACUCGGCCAUCCUCAUCCCCUACUUCUCGUGGAAACAAAGCCACCGCACGCACCAUUCAAACACCAACUCUAUCGAACAAGACGUGCUUUUCGUCCCGCAACGUAAGGAAGGCGUGGGAUCCCUAGCUAAAUACAUGACCAACAAUCCGAUUGGUCGUACCAUAACGAUCGCGACCACGCUGACCAUAGGUUGGCCUUUGUACUUAAUUUUCAACAUCUACGGCAGGCAAUACGAAAGUUUCGCUUACCACUUCGAUCCCUACAGCCCGAUUUACUCUAAAUGGGAGCAGUUUCAGAUAUUUCUAUCGGACAUGGGAGUUCUUUCGGUCGGAUUCGUUCUCUACCGUCUCGCCCUGGCCAAGGGAAUCGGUUGGGUGAUGUGCGUUUACGGCUGGCCUCUUCUCUUGACGAAUGGAUAUCUGGUGCUGAUAGCGUGGUUACAACACACUCACCCGUCUUUGCCUCAUUACGAGUUGACGGAGUGGGAUUGGUUGAAGGGGGCUUUAUCCACUGUGGAUAGAGAUUACGGGAUUCUCAACAAGGUGUUCCAUAAUAUAACAGAUACUCAUGUUGUUCACCAUUUGUUCUCGACCAUUCCGCAUUAUCAUGCCAUGGAAGCGACUAAGGCGAUAAAGCCUAUGUUGGGAGAAUACUAUCGGUUUGAUGGGACUUCGGUUAUGAGUUCGGUAUGGAGAGAAGUCAAGGAAUGUCUUUAUGUGGAGGCUGACGAAGAUGAGGGCGCAAACAAAGGCGUCUUGUGGUUCAGGAAUAAAUGA